ACCAUUAAAGAGGGACAAAAAAGGAACAAAGAUAACAUACGAACGAAAAAAGAAACCCCCAAAAAAGGAAAAAUAGCGAAAAAACGAAAUUAUAGGAAAGCUACAAAGUUUUAAAACAGAAUAAGGAAAAGAAAAAAAAAAAAAAAAUUGAAGCAUCUCCCCUGGCAUAAUAGCUACAUUUUUUACGAUUAAAAAAAGAGAUAAAGGAAAAUGAGUGCCAUCUACAGUGAUGUUGUGCUCCUGGUUCAGUUUUCAAGGAAAAUAGAGAGUAGAACAUUCGUUGAAUACAAUUCGUUGAAGUUGGCCCUAAAUGGAAUUUGCCAAUUAUACGAACAGGCCAUAAAAGAGAAUGACCCCACUGUGCAAAGAAUAACCUAUAACAUGAACGAUUUGUUUUUGUACAUUGACAACAUACAGAAGAUGACUUUGAUGCUAUUCCAUCAACCCUCGUGGACGUACAAACCGCAUGACAAGAAAUGGAUAAAACAAAAGCUGGUUGAGCAUAUAAAGGAUCAAAUAGGGCAAUAAGAUAUGCCUCCAUGUGUGUGUAAAGAAGGGCGGAAGAUGGUUCACCUUGUGACGCGGCUAUUCUGCGGUUUCCCCGGUGUGCUGAACCCCCGCUCGAUGAUACACAUUUUGCUGUCACACCUCGAUUCGCCAAUCAAAACGGAGGAGGAAAAGAAAAAAAAGAAAAAGAAAUCCAACAGUUCAAACCAUUUUGGGACUCCCUGGUCGUUCCUUUGUUUAUAAUUUAUUGCCCAGUAAAUACCCUCUGUACUUUUCCAGAGCAUUUUUAUAGUCUUCAUCCAGUUUAUUCUUCAGUUGCUCUUUCCGUUCAUUUGUCUAUUCGGAAGGUGGAGCCCGGAGGAAAAGAAGGUGAUGACAUGAAAAUGGGAGGGGUGCAGGAGGGGGAGAGUGAAAAGAGGACAGAGAAAAGACGAAGCGGCGAAAUCGAGUUAAUGCAUUAUUUAUAUGAAACAUUUUCUGCAGUGCAUUUUGCCAAUGCGCAGUGAAACAUGCUUUAUUCAUCUGCCUUUUUUAUGCUGCAUUAAUCCCCCCCUUUUUUUUUUUUUUUAUCAUGCACUUGUGUGUAUGGGGCGCGCCUAUGUGUAUGUAUAAAUAUAUAUACACAUGUGUAUGUGACUUACGUUUUGCUCCUCCUUCCUCAGCAGUUUUUCCCUCUCCUACAAACAUUUUUUAAAUUUUAAAGAAAAUUUCAAAGUGAAGCAUUUUCAUUCGCGCGCGUAGGGU